AACAUCCUCCACUGCUAAGCAGGGAUGUGACGAAGUGAUGUCUGCUUGAGCAGCUUCACUCGCACUUCUUAUAUAGGAAGAAAGAAUAUUUGAGCAAAAGGUGAUGGUUAAAACCCAAAAAAACAAAAGAGAAGAGUUCAUAUAUCUUCUGAUUAUAUAUCGCCAAGACGAAUUGAACACAGGGAGCAGUGCUUAAUCGACCAUAUACCAUUCCGAGGGUUUGAAACGGUGCGCCUCCACUUCUCUUUCUACAAAUACACCAAUAGGAAUAAACAUGAGUGUGAGUGUGUGACUUUUUACGGAGCCAUUUUAGCUUUUGAAGCUCAAGUUGCUGGAGUGAGAAUUGAAAUCUCCAAAAAUGGCGUAUUUUGUAUCUCUUGAGAUUUUAUUUUAUAGCCGCUUUAAAUUAAUAAAAUAAAAUUAAAAAUGCUUAAAUCCCAAUAAUUUAGGAUCAAAUCCCCUUUCUCUCCCCCCUCAACCUACCCCCCUUCUCUUCUCUUCCUCUUUCCAUUGCCUUUGUCACCACCCAUUCACCUUCACAAGAGCACCAGCCCUGUAGCGCAUAAAUCAACCAAUAAGAAAGACAGAGGUACUUCAAGUUAUCAACCGCCGUCAACCGUCCGCCGGCGAAGUAGUGUCAGGUUCUGCGGCAUCUGGGAAUGGCGAACAGCAAGUAUGAAUACGUAAAGUGUUUUGAGGCAGAAGACGAAGUAAUGUACCCAAAUAUCAUUGUUGUUCAAAUUGAUGGCCGCGAUUUUGGCAGUUUCUCGGAGAAGCAGGGAUUUGAGAAGCCGAAUGAUGAAAAAGCCUUGAACUUGAUGAAUGCUUGUGCUAUUAAGGUAUUAGAGAACUUCUCUGAUGUUAUAUUUGCAUAUGGAUUUAGUGAUGAGUACAGUUUCGUUUUGAAGAAGGAAACCACUUUUUACCAGAGGCGAGCAAGCAAAAUACUCUCCAUUAUUGUGUCUUUCUUCUCAUCUACAUUUGUAACCAAAUGGAAAGAGUUCUUUUCUCAAAAGGAGUUAAGUGUGUCUCCAUCAUUCCAUUCACGAGUUAUCAGCUGUGCAUCAAUGGAGGUUCUUCAGGCAUAUCUUCUAUGGAGACAAACAGAAUGUCAUACAAGCAAUCUAUACAAUACUUGUUUGUGGAAGUUGGUGGUUUCUGGAAAGUCAAAAAAGGAGGCCAAAGAGAUUCUUAAGGGAACACACAAGCAGGAGAAAAAUGAAUUACUCUUUCAGCAGUUUGGUAUCAACUACAAGGACCUUCCACAGAUUUUUCGUCAAGGGUCUUGUGCAAUCAAGAUAAAGGUGGAAGAUAUUGUGAAAUACCGAGAAAAUGGCACUCCUGUUAAAAGACUAAGGAAGAAAGCAGUCAUAGUUCACUCUGAAAAUAUAGCAACAAAAGGCUUCUGGAAUAACUACUCAUGCCUUACUGAGGAACUUGGUUUGCUUGCAGAAGGCAUUAAUAAGAUUAAGCCUGAGUAUUUGAGGUCUUUCCAAUUUGAAAGCAAGUUGAUGUUAUCUACUUGGAUUGUAGUCCGGAUAGACGGUUGUCAUUUCCACAGGUUUUGUGAAGAUAAUGGUUUUCAGAAGCCAAAUGAUGAGCAGGCACUGAAUCUUAUGAACUCAUGUGCGGUUUCUCUGCUAGAGAUGUUUAAGGAUAUUAUCUUUGCAUAUGGGGUGAGCGAUGAAUAUAGCUUUGUUUUGAAGAAAGAAUCUCUAUUAUAUCAGAGGCGGCCAAGUGAAAUCGUCUCUGCCAUUGUAUCUCUUUUCUCUGCCAUGUAUGUGAUGAAGUGGAAAGAGUUUUUCCCUGAGAAAGAGUUUAAAGAACCACCUUAUUUUGAUGGUCGAUCCAUUUGCUAUCCAUCAUCUGAGAUUCUUCGAGAUUACUUGGCUUGGAGACAAGUUGAUUGUCACAUAAACAAUCAGUACAAUACUUGUUUCUGGCUGCUUGUUAAGUCCGGAAAGAGUAGAACUGAAGCGCAAAUCUCUCUGAAGGGUACCCAAACUCAGGAAAAGAAUGAGUUGCUUGCCCAGUUUGACAUUGAUUACAAUGCGCUACCAAUCAUGUUUCGGAUGGGUUCCUCUGUUUUCCAGGACAAAGAUGAACUAACUGGAAAUGACGAAGUAGUUGUUGAACACUGUAAUAUAAUUGACACGAGCUUUUGGAAAGAACAUCCAAGAAUACUUGAUGAGGAGGAGCCAUUGCUGACGAUUUUGCGGCCCCAUAGCAAUAAAAUGCUUCGAUUGUCUUGAUGUUGAAAGAGGAGCUGCUCCCUAAGUUAUUAAUCAUAUUCAGUUUUCAUUAGAUCAGAAAAAUAGUUUCAAAUUGUCAAAUAUGUAGAUUAGUCGUUUGCCUUUGAUUAUUCCCUUUACUCCUUUUUUUUCUUCUUCUAAGGGUUAGCAAAACACUCAGAACAUUUAGAGCCCGUUUGGAUAUAAAAAAAAUUUCACUGUUUUGGAAA